CUGUAAAAUAGUAAGCAAUAUAUCUCUCCGGAAAAUAUAGAGAUUGAUGACGAUCUCUGAUGGGGAAAAUUUUUAGAGAGAAAAUGAGAGCGGCAACAAGGUAAUAAUAAUAAAAUAAAGAAAAAAAGGUGUUGAGGGCACUGAUCGGAGAAUUUGUUAGAAAAAAGUGGGAGGGGCAAAAACAACCGGGGAGAGCUUUAAUAUAUAAAAGCAAAAGAAAAUUUGUGGGGAGACUUAAAGACGGCGAAGUUGCGCAGCCAACAUAUAAAGAUAUUUGUUUAUAUAUAGUAUUGUUUGUUGGGCUGUUUGUUUGCCGUUGUUUCCCUUCCCCUUAAAAUGAACUUGUUUUUGUUGUUAUUACAUGUUUUGCAACAUGUUUUGUUGUUGUUUAUUUUAUUAGCUGUCCAACUUGUUUUAUUACACCAAAUUUUAAAUGUUUGUUUGGAAAGAAGAAAAAUUAAAACAACAUUGUUUUUAACAUUUUUUGUUGUUGUUUGUUUAUUUAUUGAAUUAAUGGAGAGGAGAAUUUAUUGUUUCGGAGCACCUUUAAAUUAUAAAGAAAAUUUUGAAACAAAUUUAAUUUUACAAGAAGAAGCUGAUAAAAAAUUGGUUUUGAAAUAUUUAAAUGAGUUUGGACAUCUUCGAACACCAAUUCCAACACCAACAGAAUUACGUUCUGCUAUAAAAACAUUUCAAGAUAUGGCUGGUUUACCAUUAAGUGGCGAACUUGAUCUUGAAACGCUUGAACAAAUAAAAAUGCCUAGAUGUGGAAAUGACGAUAUUGGGAGAAUUAAUGAAAGAAGGAAAAGAUUUGUAUAUAUUUCUCGAUGGGAGGGAAAGUUGAAGGACGGAGAACUACGACUUAAAUGGUUUUUGCAUAACUAUACACCUGAUAUUCCACGUGAUGAAAUUAGAAGAACAGUAAAUAAAGCAUUUAAUUUGUGGUCAUCACAGAUAACUCUAAAGUCUGUCGAGAGUUUAUCGCUUCAUUUUGAAGAAGCUGAAAGUGAAGAAAAUGCAGAUAUUACCAUUCUUUGGGCAGAGGGAGACCAUGGAGAUGCACAUAUGUUUGACGGUCCAGGGGAAGAUGGCAGCAAUAUUCUAGCUCAUACGUUUUAUCCUAAUUAUCAAUCGAAGGGUACUUUAAAUGGAGAUAUUCAUCUUGAUGAUUAUGAAAAAUGGCAUGUUGGAGUAGGCAAAGAGGGUGCUAGUUUCCCUCAUGUUUUGGUUUGUAUAUUUUUGUUUUUAAAAUAUAACAAGGGAAAAUAUAAUGUUUUCAAAUUUUUGUUUUGGUGUGUCUUUUGUUGUACCAUGUUUUGGAAUUUUAAUUUUAACAUAUGUUUUUGUCCGUGUUUUAUUAAAACAAAAAAUCAAAUGAAUGAAAAAAAUAAACAUUUAAAACUAACAUAA